UGAGAGACAGCAGCUAUGGAGAGAGAAAAACAAGUGGAGCAGAAAGACAGACUUCUGACAGAAAAUACAACAACACUCCAGAUGAAGGAGAAGAUUUUAGAAGAGAAAGACAAACUUCUCACAGAGACACAAGAUGAACUGAGACAAACAACAAAGACAAUAGAGAGUCAUAGAAUACAAAUGGAAGAAAUGGAGAAAAGACUUGUGGAGAAAGAUGAAGAAUUAAAAGAGACAAAACAAGAACUGAAAGAUAAAAACAUUAUUAUUAAAGAACAUUUAGAGACUGUUGAUAAGAGAGAUUCAUUAUUAAAGGAAACUAAUGAAAGAUUAGACAGUGUUAAUAAACAGCUUAAAGAUAAAGACUCACAACUGGAGAAUCAGAUCAAACUGCUGAGAGAUAAAGAGACUCUACUGGAGAUCACAGUGAAAGAGGAGGAAAGCAGUAAAAAGCAGCUGGAGACUCUGAGAAAGGAACUGCAGGACAAGAGCAGCAAACUACAGGAGAUGAUGAUCCUACUGGAACAACAGAAAACUGAAGUGAGUGAAAAAGACAAACAGCUUGAAGAGAAGGAGAGACUUCUAAGUGAGAGAAACACACAGCUAAUGGAAAGAGACAAGCAGGUUGAGGAGAAAGACAGACUUCUAGAGGAGAGAAACAAGCAGCUGCAGGAGAGAACAGAUCCAGACUCAGCAGCUCCAGCCAGGAGGAGAAACAGCAAAGAGUUUAUACCUCCAGACUUCAGUGGAGAGACUCCAGACUCAGCAGCACCACUCAGGAGAAGAAACAGUAUUGAAAGAGUUCCUCCAGAUAUGAUGGGAGAAUCCUCUACUUCAGCCUCUCCAGAGUCAGUUGCUGUAGCAGAGCUCAGGCUGGUGCUGCUGGGGAGGACUGGAUGUGGGAAGAGAGCAGCAGGAAACACCAUCCUGGGCAGAGAGGAGAGGAGCCAGGCUGGAGCGUCUACAGUGAGGCAGCAGAGUGAGAGCAGACCAGGGGAGGUGGCUGGGAGGCAGGUGACUGUGGUGGACACUUCUGACUGGUUCGGUCCUGGACUCUCUCUGGAGGAGCUGAGAGAGGACGUGGGACUCUGUGUCCAUCUGUCUGCCCCAGGACCCCACGCCUUCCUCCUAGUCAUACCAGUGAAGCAGUCUACAGGAGAGGAGAGAGGCAUGCUGGAGAAAAUGGAGGAGAUCUUUGGAGAGAGAUGUUGGAGGAACACCAUGAUCCUUUUCACUGUUACUGAUGAAGUCCAAGAGAAGAACAUUGAAGAGUUUAUCCAGUCAGGAAACCAGGAGGUCCAGAGACUUGUAGAGAAAUGUGGGAACAGGUUUCACUGUCUCAGCAUUAAGGAGAGUGGAGAUGGUUCUCAAACCUCAGAGCUGCUGGACAAGAUAGAGAAGAUGGUGAAGGGAAACAGAGAGAAAUUCUACAGCAGUGAGAUCUACCUGGAGACACAAUCUCAGAUCAGAGAGAUAGAGAGAAGAAUUGUGAGAGAAAGAGAGGAGAUGAGAGAGAGACAAGAAAGAGAAACUAGAGAGAAACUGGAGAGAUGUGUCCAGGAGAUUACAAAGAAGUUUGAAGAAUUUAAAGCUAAAUGUCAUGAACAAAUAACUCAGCAUGAAGAGCGAAUAACUAAACUAGAAGGAGAGUUCAAAGAGGAAAGAGAUGAGAAGAGAAGGGUAGAGCUGGAGAGAGAGCUGGAGAGAGAGAUUCAGCGAAGGAAUGAGGUUCAGUUGGAGCUGGAGAGACUGAAAGAAGAGACUGAAAAGGAGAAGAGAGAGAUGGAGGAGAGACACAGACAGGAGAUGGAGGAGAUCAGGGAGACGUAUGAAAGAGAGGCCAAGAUGGAGGCAGAGAGGAACCUCAUGAAGAUCAUCCUGCCUGAACUCCAGCAGAGAAUAUGGGAACUCAUGACAAAGACACAGAAAGAUUUUGAUUGUAGGAUGGAUGAAAAUGAGAGAGAGAUAGAAACACUGAGGUGGAGACUCAGAGAGGGAGUCAGAGAGGGAGUCACAGCAGGAGGAGAUGAUCAUCAGGAGGACACUAGAGGACUGUUUAGCAGGUUAACACAGUGGCUCUUUUGGUGGAUGGGUAGAGAUCCAGUUAUAAUCACUCAGUCAGAUCAGUGAGAGCUCCUGACUGACUUUCAUAGCAGAUGUAAUGAUUUAACAAACAGUAGCAGCUGAUAAAGAAGGGGAGCUCAGAAUGAGUGAAUUUUUCCCUCAGCAGUGAGACUCGAUACACAUAUUGAAAUUAUAUCAAAACAUUAAUGUGCAGUUUAAAUCUUUUUUAAUUAAA